GUAACGUAUGUCAUUUUGUCAUUUUACAUCUGUAAUACUAUAUAAGAAGAUUGCACGGGUUUUUCGUGAGGCGGGAAUUUUGUAUACAUGUAUUACACAUGUUAAGAAUGUUAUUCAUUCGACGGGCGUUACUGAAAGGGUAAAGUUGUUUCAUAGUUCGCCUAAUUAUGUCUGACGAAGAAGCACACAGUGAACACGAAAAUACAAGAGGAGAAAGCGAGUUAGACAAAGCUUUAAACAGGCAGAGAAGUAUUUUUCUAGAUGAGCUAGAGACAAGGUUCAGCAGUUUUUCAGCUAAGCGUUCAUCUCCUGAUUUAGGCUUCAAAUUCAAAAGUGAAGGGAACAAGGUACAAUUUGACUUUAAUUCAGAUAGAAUUGAGGGACUUUCACGCAUUCGAGAUCUUUGCGCGGUCAGCGUUCAAGCUACAAAAAGUACUGUGGACAAAGAAAUUGAUUCUUUAAAACAGAGAAAUAAAAUACUCAAAAUCGCAGACAAACAUGGAUGGGACACAGUUCGUGAGUACACUGACAGUCCUCUUGCUGAUGAUUCUGAAGACGCAUCUAAUCUACGAGCUGCUAUCUCCCGCGCCAUGCGGAGCAGACGAUAUCAGCCCUAUCAGCGUUCCAGCACUGCCUCCGCCGCACCUCAACAAAAGACACAGGGUCUUUUUCGUAGGUUUCAGGGAGACAAUGAAACAAAUAUGUCAUCAAGGUUUGGACCAGGCCAGCCUCUACCAGCGAGAUUCGGUGUCGGCCCAUGUUUCGCAUGCCAUCUGUACGGACACUUCGCCAAACAGUGCCCUUACGUUCAGAGAAACACAGUCAAGCCGGCUACACGAGAAGACCAAAGAAAACCCACAGUUACAGACAUCCCAAUCAACGACAACGGCAGCGGCAAUUAAACAAGUUGAGUACGAUUUUUAUAUAAAAGGUGACAAUAAAUCAGAAAUCUUUCAAUCUGAGAAUAGUAAAUGUAACGUUUUUGUCAGAAAUAGUCUUAUUAAAUGUAUAGAUUUUUGGCGAAAUG